CUGCUGUGGGGGCUGUGGGGGCUGUGGGGGCUGUCGGGGCUGGAGGGCGUGCUGCCUCCUUGGUCAGACUGUGCCCAGUCCGGAGGAGCAGGAGACGACGUGUCUGCGGCCUCACAGCUGCCGAGAAGCACGAGCGGGAGCUCUAGAGCUGGGAGCAGUGCUCACGUACCCUCCUGGGCACUUCCCGGGCGGACCGGGCGUUGGGGCGGGCUCAGCCGUGCUCCCACUAGCCGGGGUCUGAAAUCUGCCCCCCGGCGGGGCUCUGGGAGCUCGGGUCUGCGUGGGGUCUGCAUGGCGCUUGUGCCUGGUCGGGGGAGUCUUCCGUUAGGUCCAGUAACGGCCCGUGUUCCACUCGGCCCCAGUCCGGAGCCUUCCUCACAAGUGGGCAGUGUGGGUGGCGGGCGGCCUCCAACUGGUAGCCCUGCAGAGCCGGCCUGGAGUCCCGGGACUGGGGCCUGUUGGGGGCCCCGAGCUUGUCUCCCGCUGCCCCUCCUUCCUUAAGUGUGCGUCCCGGGGUGCACCCCAAUAUGUGUGCCCGUGCACCAGGCACUGGCCCAGGUUCUGGGGUACAGAGCAGGGAGCCACCCGAGAACCGUGUUGGGGGCUGAGGGCUCAUGGGGAGGGACGCCACCGGUCACGCGGGGUGAAGGCAGAGGCCCCCUGAGGCCCGUGCCCCGUGGUGUGGAUGGCCCGACAGGCCCCUCCGCCCGGGCCUCUGGCUGCUCCUAGGAGGUGCCGGCACAGUCCCGUCGCGGGCUGAGCGUCCUGGUGUGUCCACGCUGGCCCCAGGGGCAGGCUCUGCGGGGAAGCGGGUGGCCUGGCGGGGGCAGGGGACCGGCUCUUUAAGGGCGGGCGACAUCACAAGGCUGCGGAAGGCCGGGCUGCCCUGGAGCUCCGGGGCCGGGCCGCAUCUGGAGCGCCUGCAGGCUCUGGCUUUCCACCUCCAUGGGGCCGCAGGCCCACACGUGAGCACACGAGGACGUGGCCAUGGCCGAGGGCAGCGAGCUGAUGCACAGGCUCCUGAGCGAGAACGCGGACCUGAAGAAGCAGGUGCGCCUCCUGAAGGAGAACCAGAUGCUCAAGCGCCUGCUCAGCGAGAGCUGCCCCGACCGCUGCGGCCUCGGGGGCCGCGACCUCCUCUUCACCAAAGGGCCCGCCUACCCCGAGGACGGCUCCCCCGGGAGCGCAGGUCUGAGCAAGCCAAGACCCAGUUCCCCAUUCUGCUGCACGUCCUCAGUUGCAGACUUUGGAAGGUUCGCCGGCGCCCCCGACGCACGCUCCCAGCUGCAGACGACCUCCCUGGAGGACCUGCUGUGCUCGCACGCCCCCAUCUCCAGUGAGGACGACGCUUCCCCCGGCUGUGCGACCUCCGGCCAGGGGCCCUUCAAGGCGUUCCUCAGUUCCCCCGAGCUGCGUGCGCCCCGAGGCGCUGACAGGAAGCUGUCCCCACUCCUGAGCCCCUUGCAGGACCCACUGGCGGACAAGACCCUGCUGGAGCCCAGGGAGAUGGUCCGGCCCAAGAAAGUGUGCUUCUCGGAGAGCAGCCUGCCCUCUGGGGACAGGACCAGGAGGAGCUACUACCUUAACGCAGCUCCGCUCCUCACAGAGAUCCCGAGCUUCUCCAGCACUGAGAAGGACGGGCGCAUAGUCGGGGAGAUCGCCUUCCAGCUGGACCGGCGCAUCUUGGCCUACGUCUUCCCAGGGGUGACCCGGCUGUACGGUUUCACCGUGUCCAACAUCCCUGAGAAGAUCAAGCAGGAAGCCCGGUCGCUGCACCCGCAGACGUCCAUCAAGUCCCUGGACGGGUCGGUGGACGAGAAGAAGCUGCGCGAGCUGACGCACCGCUACCUGACGCUCACGGCGCGCCUGGAGAGGCUCGGCUACAACCGCGACGUGCACCCGGUGUUCAGUGAGUUCCUCAUCAACACCUACGGCAUCCUCAAGCAGCGGCCUGACCUGCGCGCCAACCCGCUGCACAGCAGCCCGGCUGCGCUGCGCAAGCUGGUCAUCGACGUGGUGCCCCCCAAGUUCCUGGGCGACUCGCUGCUGUUGCUGACCUGCCUGUGCGAGCUCUCCAAGGAGGACCACAAGCCGCUCUUCGCCUGGUGAGCCCGCCCGGCGCCCGCCACGCCUUUCCUGCAAUAAACGUGUUUGUUCCAAACCCCGGGGGCCUUGUGCCUCCUGAGUGUCCCCUCCGGCCGGGGGAAGGGCCGCGUCCACCGACAGAGCGCCCAGGGCCGCAGGCGCCGUGACAGGCGCCUCUCUCGGCCCGGGGCCGUGCACCCCAGGCGCCCAGCCCGCCCGCCGCCCACACCCGCGCGGCACUGUCGCACUUUAUUAAAAUAAUCUGUUUACCUGUGUACCUUUCCCUUUGGCUCUUUGAGGGCAGGGAGAGCACCGUGGGAGGUGACGGUGGGUGUUGGUGGAAGGAAGCCUAGCCAGAGCCUUGAGGGGAGGGGUUGUGGCUCAAGCCCUCGGACCUCCUAGGGGAGGUGUCUGUCUCCUCCUGCUGGAAGGGGCCAGCAGCUGGUUUCCCCAGAUGCAGAGCCUGAGGCAAGGAUCCUGCAGGCAGGACAGCUAUAGAAACUGCAGAGCCCGGUGUGCAAUGAAGACCCAAGUCCAUUGUUCAAAAGUAGGAAUUUCAAGACGGCGAGGGCAGCACCAGGGCAUAGAGAGGAGGGCCCGUGCUGCUGUGGAUUCCUGGGGAGUCUGUUGAUUUGGGAGAUGGUCUGAUGUCCCCCCACCACCACUGGAGUCAUCAGUGGUGACCUCAAGACCUUUCCUGAGGUCUUGAGAACGACUAGUGACCUCCUGGACCCACAGUGAGGCCGAGGGCCUGGCGUUGGCACCCUCCUGGGCCUUGGCUGUGAUUGCAGGGUCUCUGGUCGCUUCUCUGCUGUGUGUGUGAGGAUGAAAGUAUUGGGGUGUCUGGACCGACUCCAGCUGGGGCAACCUGUCCCUCAGUCCUCACCGCCUCGUGUGUCCCAGAGGUCCCAGCACCUUAGGAUAUGCUCUCGUCAGCUUGGGCAGCCGGAGCAGCGUGGCUCAGGUGACAUGGCGGAGACUGGAUGUCCCAGGUCGAGGCGUUCCCAUGGCCGGGUCCUCCUGAGACCGUCUCCUGGGCGUGUGGAUGCCGUCUUCUCCCUUGUCCUCACAUGCUUGUCCCUGAGCCCGUGUCCUGAUUUCCUUUCAUUAUGAGGACACCAGUCGGAGGAGAUUAAGGUCACCCUAUGACAGACAUAAUUUUAGCUUUAUUACCUUUUUAAAGACCCUGUCUCCAAAUAUAGCUGCAUUCUGAGAUGUUGGGGGUCGGGCCUUCAACCCCACGAUUGUGGGGUUGGGCACCACACAACCCAUAACCGACACCAUUCUCCCUGUCCAGCCAUUGAUGCCAACCCCCAGCUGGGGGACUCUGCCAGGCUGGCGGCUUGUGGGGAGCACACCACUUUGGCACCAGGGCUGUCUGUCGGAGACAGGCCAGUGGGCGCUUCUGGACGCCGCUGGGAGGCAGGCUCUCUGUGGUGAGCCUCGGUGUUGCAACCUGGGUUUGGAAGAAUACUUUUGUGGGGCCUUUGCUGUCCGCCAGGUCCUGCCGAGGCUCCCCACCCCUUUGUGGGACCUAGAAGUGGAAGAGCUGUCCUGUGUUCUCCCAGGGGAGCCGGCGAGAGAGGACCCGGCUGCCCCUAGCCUUCAAGGGUCUCUGGGCUUAUCUGGCUGCUGCAGUGGCAGCUGCCGGGGGGCGGGGUCCCAAGGCCCACACGGCUGGGGGUCCCCUGCAGCCACGGCUGUUUGGCCUGUA